AUGCCUCCUCCUCCUCCUCCUCCCACCUUUAGGAGUGAAAAAGUGGUGACCACGAUCAACGCGGCGACUCAGGCGACGCACACGAAGUUCGUGUCGCCUCAAUCGACGCCUAAGGGGAGGAGGGAAAAGAAAAAUGAUGACGAUGAGACGCCAGAGCCACCAGGUGUUGAUGAUGAUGAUAUGAACGACGACGUGGAAAUGAUGACGAUGAAAGAGACGGAAGAAACGGAGCAAAAGGAGGAAAAGAAGAGGAGAGAGGGAGAGGCAGUGACGUCGUCGUCGUCGAAAUUUGGUCAUCAGCAUCAUCAUCCUCAGGAAAAAGCAGCAGAGAACAACGACGACGAUUCCAACGAAAACGUUCAAAUCCACGCGCGGUUGAUGGAAAUGUUAAAACAUUACGUGAAAAUAGGCCAAGCAUCGGGCGUUCCGGGGAAAGACGUUCCGGUGGAUUUAAUCGCCAAAGCGUUCGUGAGUUUAGGGAAAGCGAUUGGUAACGAGGAGAGCGACGACGUCGUCCUCGACCGUCGGAAAAUUUUAGACCGAGAGAUGGCGAAGUACGAGCAAGACGUGGUGCGGAAGUUGAAACACGCGGAACGAGCGGCGGAGAGAGAAAUCACGACGUACGAAAAAGAGUUGGCGCGUUUAGAGAAGAAGUUUAUGGAGACGGAAGAGGAGGUGAAAAGUUUGAAAUCAGAGGUGAAAGCGUUGAGAGAGGAUGGGAAAUCGGAAGUUCGCAGAGAAAAAUUGAGAGCGGAGAUUGGCGAAUUGCCGGAGAAGAAAGUCUCGGAGCGGACGUUGAAAGCGCUGGAAGAGGAAAUCGCGCGGUUAGAAAAAGAAAACCUAGACGAGGAAAAAGAAACGAACGAAGCGCUGGCGGCUUUAGAAACCGCGCUCGCGAGCAUCACGAAACUCCCGGGAGAAAUCGAAGACGUCGUCGUCGUCGAAGCCGUCGUCGAGAAUACGAAUAAAAACGCCAACAAUACUCACCAAAGCGGCGCCGGGACGACGACGAUUCAGACGACGAGAGAAGAGCGAGAACAAAAAGAAGACGCACCGAUGCUCAUCCAAGACGCCGCCGAGGACGGCGAGAUUGUAUAA